CACCAAAGAUUCACAGCCUCUUCUGCUGGAUGCCCCUGUCCACUCCUUACAGCCUGGUGACUCCGUUCUCGUUCGGACCUGGAAGGACGAGCCUCUCCAAGAGAAGUGGAAGGGACCCCACACUAUCUUGCUGGUCUCCCACACGGCAGCAAAGGUCGAAAGGCACAAGAACUGGAUUCAUCACUCUCGACUGAAAGCAAUACCCACUCCUGAACAGUGGACUGUCCAGCCUGCAGAGAAGACUGCCAGCGACGAUUUGGGACUUAAGCUGUUAUUCAAAAGACAGUAGGGAUAGCUGGGAAUGCCUGGUGAUCUCUCUGAACAGCCACAGCGCACUCCCCGCGAAAACCCUGAGCAUUGGUUCUAUCUAUUCACAGAAGGCCGACCUAGCCUAUAGUCCUGGUCCUUUUAUUUUUUUGAUUUGUUUGGUGUCAAUAAUUUUUAUCUUCUGGGCAUUUGGGUUGUUGUAAUCACAAUAUGGGUUCAGGUUUAGGGUCUCUCACAACAUUCCUUCUUGUCACAGAAGCAAUCCUUCUGUUACCUACUGUUUCACCCACAUCGCAUGCAGGAUGGGGAGCCAUCCCUGCAGAUAUGGCUACCAAUACCUAUGAGGCCCUGAAAAUAGCCUUUGCCCGUGAGUUCAAUCUCUCCCACUGUUGGAUAUGUGCCCAGACUUCCCACCAUUCGGCUGGAUUGCCCUGGAGAGUAGUUCCCCAAAAUUGGUCAGACUUUUGUCAAAGGUGGAUGGUUACCAGCAGCAGCACCUCUGACAAUUUAAGUUUGUGAUCUAACUGUACUGCGGAAGCUCCUUAUGGCCUACCCAAUGGCUCUUGGAAUUCCCACUAUAGUAGCACUCUUAAGCCCCAGCCCAUUCGUCUACCUCUCCACCCACUGGUCUCAUAUGUUUUCAGCAAGCCAGUACAAGUAAUCAUACCUGAUUUGCCGGCAUUAGUACAUGUAGAUUUUAUAUUGGUCCUGGUAUGAAUCUCACUGUUCCUGUACUAAAUGCCACUGGUUGGCAAACCGGCACUGCAUUUUUUGCCCUUUCCCCACAAGCCACCCUACGGGACCUACAAGGUAACAAUUGAAAGGCUAGUUAUGGUGAAGCAUUCUGGGUCUGUGGUAAUAGUGCCUAUAAAUGGCUUCCUCAUGGUUGGCAUGGUAGCUGUUACAAAGGCUAUCUCGCUCCUCCCCUCCGUGUUCUCACCCAGGCUCCCUCAGGUCACCCCAGGUACUAUCGGUCCUUGAGAGCUACCAUUGAACCCAUCGGAGAGGAAGACAGGUUUGGGAUGAUAUUCCUCCCUACUUAUGGGGUGGGACGGCUAACCCAACUCUACAGGAGACUUUCUAAAUUUCUCACCCAGUUUGCCAAUAAUACCCUGGCCAUAGAAAAAGGCAUAAGCUCCGAGCUGUACCAGCUUUGAUUGCUGGCUCUGCAAAACCGCCAGGCCCUAGAUUAUGUGUUAGCCUCACGGGGCGGGGUCUGCGCCCUUAUUGGAGAAGAAUGUUGUACCUAUGUCCCAGAGUUUUCACAGAAUAUUAACAAGCACAUCUUGUCAGCCGAAUUGGCCUUGAACCAGUGGAAGGCCCAGGAAGGGGAACCCACUAUUUUUGAUUCCCUUUGGGGUUGGUUACCUAGUCUAGGAGGACUAGGGGAAGGCAUUAUUCGCCUCUUGCUCACAGGUGUUGUGAUAUGUUUUGUUCUUUUUCUUUUGCUCGCUUGCUGUAAAGUGCUCAUACAUAAGAUUUGUACCUCACAUUCCCCAGAAGUUCCUUUAUACCCUCUCACUGAUGAUCCCAAUUGCAUGGAGCUUAAUCACAUUUUAUCUUUAGAGUAUGAGAAAACUCUGCCAAAGGUUUGUUGAGUGUUCUCAAAGGAGGGAAUUGUUGGUGUCACUAGGCAUAGCUACCAGGUAACUGUGCGUCCUCAUUCCCUCCAGUCCCGCGGCCCGUGCGCGUUCCCUGCCCAGGCGGUAUCGCCCAUGCGCCCAGCCCUAGCCCGGUCAGCACGCGCCCGCUCCCUCCACUGGCUGCCACCAUGAUCUGCUUGGUGCUUACUGUGUUCGCCAACAUCUUCCAGUCCGCUUGCACUGGAGUAAAUGAGCGCACCUUCCUAGCCAUCAAGCCAGAUGGGGUGCAGCGGCAUCUCAUAGGGGAGAUCAUCAGGCGCUUUGAAAAGAAGGGCUUCAAACUGGUGGGAAUGAAACUCAUGCAGGCCUCGGAAGACUUGCUGAAGGAGCAUUAUAUAGCCCUCCGUGAUUGCCCCUUCUACAGCCACCUGGUGGAGUACAUGAGAUCGGGUCCUAUUGUAGCCAUGGUCUGGCAGGGGCUGGAUGUGGUAAAGACGGCUUAUGCAAUGAUUGGAGAAACUAACCCUGCCGAUUCCAGACCCGGCACCAUCCAAGGGGACUUCUGCAUUGAAGUCAGCAAGAAUGUGAUUCAUGGCAGCGACUCAAUCGAGAGUGCCCGGCGGGAGAUUUCGCUCUGGUUCCACACAGACAAGCUGACCUGCUGGGCGGACAGCACUGAGCACUGGAUCUAUGAGUAAUAAGAAUGGUCUGGGGGAAGGGUAUCUUGCUGACGCUCAGGCACAGUACGAACCCAUCCAUUUCCAUUUCUCCUUCUCUGGAGUCACACUGGACUCUCUGAUAGUGUGUUU